GAUCCCUUCCUCUGCAAUUCGUGCGGAUUCUGCAAAUACGCAAAGUUUGACUACACUCUGACCGCCAAACCUACCUGUGCUGUGGACCCCAUUGAGAACGAGGAGGACCGUAAAAAGACGGUUCAGAGCAUUAACUCGUUGUUAGAAAAGGCCGAUCGGGUCUACAAGAGCUUAAUCGCAAACAAGCCGUCGUUAGAGCUGCUGCUGUUGCGUAUCCAAGAGCACGGAAUGAUGGAUAAGUACGACACCGACGCUAUGCUUAUGUUGGCGCCAAAUGCCGGUGCUGGACCCGCCGGCGCCUCUAGCCUUCACGUGAAUCGCUCCAUACAACAGGUGGCCCUCAAGUACUGUCAGGACUGCAAGUCUUCGUUCGACGAGUUGUCGAAAAUCAUUCAAAAAGUGUUGGCCUCUCGUAAAGAGUUAGUCGAUUACGACAACAAACAGAAGGACAAGACGGCGACGCCCUCUAACGUUACGCCAAGACUCGCGUCCAGACGCGACUCGAAAGUGUUGACCACAUCGAUGGCCUCGUCAUCGGGCCGUUGCUUCGGGUGCGCGUCGGCCACAGUCGAGCACUGCAUCACUCUCUUGAAGGCACUGGCUAUCGCUCCCAAAUACCGGUCACUCCUGUGCUCAUACGGACUGCUCCGGGAAUUAGUUGAUUACAACCUCAGAAUCGGAUCAAUGAAUGUUCGCCACGAAGUGCGGCAACUGUUGUGUUCAUUGAGUCGCGACAACUAUAGGGCGACCGCAGACCUAAACAAUCUGCUUAUGGAUAAGAUAUCCGUGGCGUUGAAGUCGAGAUCCGGCGCCUCCAUUGACUUGUCCUCAUCGGUGAGACAUGAGAUCGCAUUACUCGCCUGUUCUAUGGAAAAGGAGGACUCGUGUUGGGAACUCCGACUCAGGUGUGUUAUGCAAUUAUUCCUAAUGGGUCUGCAAAUCGAUUCGCCGGCAGUACUCGACUCCAUAACACUUCCAUGUCUUCGGUUACUUCAAUCGCUUAUAAAACCCGAGCCGACGAUCAGUAAGAAAAACAAAGACAAAACAAUUGAACAGUUGGCUACUGUCAAGACCAACGGGUUUCAAGUGAAUGUCGAUUUGAAUAAAUGGUUGGCCGGAGAUCAGAGGCAUUCGUUCAGAAGUUGGAAACAGAGGUCCGCGAAGAGGUCGCCGACGCCUCAGCUCUCCAAUGAUAUUCCAAACGAACCGAAAUCUCGAACUGAGAUCCGAAUGCAGUAUUUGUCCGAAAAGUAUGGAAUGCGUUGGAAAGAGAAGGCGCUGAAGAGUGACAAACUGGUGGCCGGUCUGGUGAGGGCGAGUUGGCUUCGGGCCAUACUAUUCAACGGUGCGUCGCGUUCGGUGCGACUGAUGGCCUGUUCCCUAAUCGAGGCUCUCUUCCAAAUUCCUUCGCGCAAACGAGAGAUAAUUGAUUUGUUGACCUCAUAUCUGGAUGACUUGGGUCGGGCCGGAGAGUUCGCCAACGAGUUCUUCACUUUCUAUCACACAAUCAUCCAAACAGAGCACUGGAAGUACUACUUAGCUCUUCACGGACUGCUCCAGCAUUUGGGUCUUCUCAUCACCAAAGAGAUCGAUAAUCUGAACCAAUUGGAAGAGAUGACACUCAACUCAGACCUCUCGCAGGGCUGUGCUCUGAAAAUGUUGGUCGAGUUAUUGCAGUCACUGAUAGACGUGUCCACUAUUCGGCGUCAAUACAAGUCACGAAUGGUUGCCUUCGUUCUGAACGGAUACUUAGCGCUGAGAAAACUUGUCGUUCAGAGGACUAAAGUGAUCGAUGAAACACAGGAAUCACUGUUGGAAUUGCUCGAAGAGAUGACAUCUGGAACCGAGUCGGAAACGGCUGCCUUUAUGUCUGUCUGUGUGGAUGCGGUCAACAAAUGCCAAUUGCAUGACAUGAUUACUCCGGUGUUUAUAUUCGAAAGGCUUUGCUCUAUAAUAUAUCCCGAAGAGAACGACUCCAUCGAGUUCUUCAUCACUCUGGAGAAGGAUCCCCAACAGGACGACUUCCUACAGGGCCGAAUGUUAGGAAACCCUUACAGUUCUAACGACACGGGAAUGGGUCCACUAAUGCGAGACAUCAAGAAUAAGAUCUGUCAGGACUGCGAGUUAGUGGCGCUCCUCGAAGACGACUCCGGACUCGAGCUUUUGGUCAAUAAUAAGAUCAUUAGUUUGGAUCUCUCUGUCAAAGAGGUUUACCGUAAGAUCUGGCAAAACGACAAUAAUAUCGAUUCAGACGCCAUGAAAAUUGUUUACCGAAUUCGCGGCCUUAUGGGCGACGCGACCGAAGAAUUCAUCGAAACGCUCGACACUAAAGAUAAUAAAGAAGUGAAUGACGAGGAACUGUACAAAAUGGCGAACAUUAUGUCGCAGUGCGAUGGCCUCCAAGUGAUGCUCCAGAGGCUCAAAGUGAUCGAAGAUCUCUCGCCUCGAAGUCGUCUAUUAAUGCAGGUUUUGCUCAAAUUGUUCGGUCACUGCAUUCGUGUUAAGAACAAUCGACAGGCGCUGAUCGACCCCUCGCUCAACACCAUUGGAGUUAUGCUGAAUCUGUUGAAACUGAUCAUAACAUCCGACGCGACAGAACUCAUAUCACAGCCCUCGGCGCCGGGAUUUCCCUCCUCUUUGGAACAGUUGAUGCAUAUCAUGGAAACCAUUUUAGUGGAGGCCUCGCAACUCAGUGCACAGGAGUUUGAUCUGUUCUGCGAGACCACGUGUGGCACCAGUGAUAACAUCAAACUGUUGGCCGAAUCCGCGUCCUCUCCUCACAUCAGAGGCUUCGUUGAGCACUCGCAUCAAAACGGAUUGAUUAACCUCUCGUACGACGCGCUCAUAUCACUGAUAGAGCACCUGAAGGCGUGCUCAGAGAUCGCCACAAACCGUACCAUAAAUUGGCAAAAGUUAUGCCAAAAGGACUCGACUUUAUUACCGUUUCUCAUUCAAGUGAGCUUUCUAUUGGACGAAGGGGUCUCCUCUAUCGUACUACACUUACUUCAGUGCGCUCUUUGUGCCAAGUCGUCCACCUCUUCCUCGGCCACGAGCAGUAGUCGUCCCGAUGAUGAUAUAGAUGAGCCCAUAAGCACUCAUUUAGUGCAACAAAUGCUCAAAUAUGUGGACAACAAUCUAUUGUCUCAAUUCAUUCAAUGCUUUCUACUGGAAUCCAACUCCAGUUCCCACCGAUGGGCCGCACACUCUCUCAUCUAUAAU